AUGGCGACUGAUAUGACAAACCCCGUUCUGGACGCCCUGUCCGCGUCCGAAGGGCCGAUCCUCUCCAACGAAGCCUUCCCCUCCGUCCCCUCACAAACCGUCAAGGCGGCGCUCGAUCGGCUCGCCUCACGACUGAUGGUCGAAUAUGAAACAUUCAACAGCGAGGCUUUGAUUGUGACAAAGGAGGGAGAGGAUGUCGCAGCCAAUGGCAGUCACGAAGCGAGGGUCUACCAGGCAGUGCUUGCUGCUAUGGAAGGUCUGAAGAUCAAAGAGCUGCCUGAAGUCGUCGGAAAGGAAAACGCCCAGCUCGGACAGGGAAGCGCCUUUAAGAAGGGAUGGAUUAAAAAGGAUAAGGACGUCCUCCGUGCGGCAGCCGACACCAUUGUUGACGACACUCAAAACGACGUUAAGAAGAUCCAGCGGGGCGAGACCGUGUCGGACGCCAACGUUCUCAAGGAACUCAAGAAGCGCAGGCUCGUCCUUCCGAAGAAGGUCAUCACCUUCAAGAUUACCAAGGGCCCCAAGUACGCCAAGGAGCUGGUCAAGGAAGAGACCGACUUGACGGCGGACAUGCUCCAAAACGGAUCAUGGAAGACCGCUACUUUCAAGCCCUACAACUUCAAGGCCAUGGGUGCGGCUACUCCGUCCGGAGCUUUCCACCCCCUCAACAAGGUUAAGCAGGAGUUCCGCAGCAUCUUCUUCGAGAUGGGUUUCGAAGAGAUGCCGACCAACCGCUUCGUGGAGACAGGCUUCUGGAACUUCGAUGCCCUCUUUGUGCCUCAACAGCACCCCGCUCGUGAUCUUCAGGAUACAUUCUACAUCUCCGAUCCCCUUACCGCUGACCGUCCCCGCGAAGACCCCGAGAACGACCCCCACCGCCCCAAGCCAGUACUCAAAUCUACCGGCGAGGAGAAGAAACUAGACUACCAAGAAUACUGGGAGAACGUUCGCCAAGUCCACGAGAAUGGCAAGUACGGAUCGAUUGGUUACCGCUACCCAUGGAGCGCCGACGAGUCGCUGCGCCUUGUUCUCCGCACACACACCACCUCUAUCUCGACGUACAUGCUGCACAAGCUCGCCGCUAACCCACGACCUGCGCGGUACUUCAGUAUCGACCGUGUCUUCCGUAACGAGGCCGUUGACGCCACCCACUUGGCGGAGUUCCACCAGAUCGAAGGUGUCAUUGCCGAUUUCGACCUGACCCUAGGAGGUCUGAUCGGCUUCAUGGAGGUCUUCUUCGCCAAGAUGGGCAUCCACAAGCUGCGCUUCAAGCCCGCCUACAACCCUUACACUGAACCUUCUAUGGAGAUCUUCGGCUACCACGACGGGCUGGGCAAGUGGGUAGAGAUCGGAAACAGCGGUAUGUUCCGACCGGAGAUGUUGGAGCCUAUGGGUCUUCCCAAGGACAUGCGCGUUUACGGAUGGGGUCUCAGUCUGGAGAGACCUACGAUGAUCAAGUACGCGGUGAGCAACAUCCGAGAACUGCUCGGCCACAAGGUCGACCUCAAUUUCAUCGAGACGAAUCCGGCUGUCAGAUUGGAGAAGGAAUAG